AUGCGAUCCUUCCGCGCCGUACGACUCCUCAGUCGUCCAAUUACCUCAACUACCGGGUUCCAACAUAUCCCCAAGCAACAACUAUCCCAACAACAGCGAACAAUAACCACAACCCAGCGACCAAGCCUGACUCGAGCUCUUCCCUCAAACAAUGCCACCAAACCAAGCCAACCAAGCAGGUCCUUUGGUCUUCCCUCACUAUCAGACUUCCUCCCCUCAAACGGCGACAACAACAACUCCCCGCACCGCGUCCUGACCGCAACCCGCAACCUCCCCUUCAACCCACCUCUCCUCUUCAAAGUAAUCUCCUCGGUGGAAUCCUACAGCCAAUUUCUACCAUUCCUCACAGCAUCAACGGUGACAGCCCGCGAUCCGGAAACAAAUGACCCUACACAGGCCUUCCUAACCGUCGGCUAUGGGCCCCUCAGCGAGACAUUCACCUCGCGCGUGAUCUGUGACCGGGAGAAAUUGACCGUGGAAGCGAAGAGCGGAUCGAAGUCUGGGCCAGAGGGAGCUGAGAAGAGUGCUUCGUCAUCUUCUUCGUCUGGUUUGAGUGGGUUCUUCCCCGGUGCUACGGAGGGUAUCUUUGAGUAUCUGUCUACCCGGUGGGAACUUGUUCCUAUUACAUCUGCUGAGGCGAAGGGUGGUCCGUUGACGAAGGUCAAUCUCGAGGUGCGGUUUGAGUUCCGGAGUCAGAUGCAUGCUACUCUGAUGAGUGCUGUCGAGGGGCAGAUGGCUGGUGUUAUGAUUGAGGCAUUUGAGAAGCGGAUUCGGGAGGUUGAAGGGAAGGGAUUGUGA